AUGUAUCCGCAAUUUCAGACUCUUGACUUCUACCAUCUCCAAACAUUGAACUUUUCAACUUUACCCCAAUCGAUUUCAGGCGAUAUUCACGGCCAAUACAAUGACUUGCUACGUCUGUUUACACUUGCCGGUUUCCCUCCCGAGUCAAACUACUUAUUCCUUGGUGACUACGUGGAUCGUGGACCGAAAAGCAUUGAGACCAUCGUCCUUCUGCUAUGCUACAAAAUCAAAUAUCCGAACAAUUUCUUCUUAUUACGUGGAAAUCACGAAGUGGCCAACCUCAAUAGGAUUUAUGGAUUUCAUGAUGAAUGUGAGUCACCUUUCAUAAAUUUGUGA